UAUACUUUGGGAACAAAAGAGCCCUUCUCUGAGGACAGCUCUGUUGUAGCCAGGUUUCAAUGCAUGAGGGAGGAAUUUGAUAAAAUUGGAUUAAGAAGGACUAUGGAAGGGGUUCUGAUUGUACAUGAGCGCUGGUUACCCCAUGUGUUACUGCUACAGCUGGGAACAACUUUUUUCACACUACCUGAUGGUGAAUUUAACCCAGAAGAUGAAGUCGAAGGACUGAAAUGCUUAGUAACAGAGACAUUUGGUCACCAUGGCAGAAUCCUACAGGACUGGGUCACCGAUAACUACAUUGGUAACUGGUGGAAACCAAAUUCUGAACCUCCUCAGUAUCCAUAUAUUCUUGCACAUAUUACAAAACCUAAGGAACAUAGGAAGUUGUUUUCAGUUCAACUUCAACAGAAAGCCUUGUUUGCAAUCCCUAAAAAUUACAAGCUGGUAGCCGCACCAUUGUUAGAAUUGUUUGACCAUACACCAGGACACAGAUCCAACAUUUCUAGUCUGCUUCAGCUUUUGAGCAGGUUCAUGGAGAAGUCAAAGAAGCCGUCUCUGUGA